CCAUUGGUUUGAGGUUGGCCAACAUGAACUGACGCUGCGCGCAUUGAACGAGUGCGCUUGUUGGACGCGAGGCCAGCCGCAGGAUCAAUGCGCUCUUUCAUCGGCCCCGAAAGUGACAAGCUCGGAACGGCAGCGCAAACCGGGAGGCUGAAUUUCACUGUUCAGAGUGCUCGUGUGCUUCCCACAAGUCAAACCGGGCAUCGGGGAGGAGCAUGACCCGGCGGACCUGUUGAGCGGACCGGCCAGCGCGCAAGUUGACGCACACGUUGUGGCUUGAGAGGCGCUCCGAGGGAACAACCUCUGUGACUGCGUGGUCGCGCCUGACACUUUCAGGAGCUGAUCGUCGCUUCUCGCUAUGAUUUAACCACUUUUACACGCUGAUUCUCGCUCCUCGGAGUUCGAUGUGGAUCAUCAUCACUGAAGGGGACCAACGCCGCUUCCAUCACUGUUACCAAAUCCCGACCGAGAUGCCACUGGGGCACAUUCUCACUGGAAUUGAAGCGUCUCUGCACUGAGGAGAGCACCGAAAAGUAUUUUGGUUUUGUCUUGGCCCCAUCAACCGGGAGAGGAACUUUGAAGCGUAUCAAAAACAUCGUGAGAGACUCAGUUGGUGGUUCUGAAUGGAGCUGCGUACAUGCCUGCUGUGCAUCUUCCUUCUCAAAGGCUUGUGUCAGUGCUUCAACAUUGACGUGACGCAUCCGCGGAUCUUCAGCGGUCCGGACGACGCCCUUUUCGGCUUCUCCGUGCUGCAGCAUGAAUCGGAAGGAGAGAAAUCAAUGCUGGUGGGCGCUCCUUGGGACGGGCGGCACAACAACAGGAAAGGAGACGUGUACAAAUGUGGCGUGGGAGAGGGGAGCCACCCCAACUGCAGCAAGUUGAAUUUAGGCGAGGCGGCCUUCCACAACAUAUCGAAAAACCUGAAAAACUCUCACCUGGGGAUGACUCUCACGCCCGACUCGCCCGAUGGACUCUUGGCAUGUGCACCACUGUGGUCUCAGGAGUGCGGCACUUCCAUGUUCAGCACCGGCAUCUGCGCCUCUGUCAACGACGACCUCCAACCGAGAGAGAUUAUCGCUCCCACGGCGCAGCGGUGCACAACGUACAUGGACAUCGUAAUCGUGCUGGACGGCUCCAACAGCAUCUACCCCUGGUAUGAGGUGCAGAGCUUCCUCAGCAACAUCCUCAGCAAGUUCCACAUAAGCCCAGAACAAAUGCAGGUGGGAAUCCUGCAGUACGGUGAGGUGGCAGUCCACGAGUGGUCGCUGAAAGAAUACCAAACCACACAGGAGGUGGUGGAGGCCGCCAAGAACAUCAGUCGCCAGGAAGGACGAGAGACGCGCACCGCUUACGCUAUCAACAUGGCGUGCACCGAGGCCUUCAGCGCCGAGCGAGGGGCGAGGGAGGGCGCCACCAAGGUGAUGAUUGUGGUGACGGACGGGGAGUCGCACGACGGCGAGGAGCUGCCCGACGCUCUGCUGGAGUGCGAGAACAGGAACAUCACCAGAUACGCCAUAGCUGUCCUGGGCCACUACCACCGAAGGCAGCAGGACCCCGACACCUUCAUCAACGAGAUUAAGUACAUCGCCAGCGACCCAGACGACAAAUACUUUUUUAACGUGACCGACGAGGCGGCGCUCAACGACAUCGUGGACGCUCUGGGAGAUCGCAUCUUCUCGCUCGAAGGCACACUGGGCAACCAGAGCUCCUUCCACAUGGAGAUGUCACAGAUCGGCUUCUCCACACACCUGCUGGAUGACGGGAUUCUGUUCGGGAUGGUGGGCGCUUACGACUGGGACGGCGGCGUGCUGAAGGAGGGCGCCAGCGGGAGAAUCGUGCCGGCCAGGGAGGCCUUUGAGAGCGAGUUCCCCCUGGAGCUGAAAAAUCACGCGGCUUAUCUCGGCUAUACGGUGUCAUCCGUCCUGGUCGGAGAUUGGAGGAGGCUGUAUGUGGCCGGCGCGCCGCGAUUCAAGCAUAAAGGCAAAGUCAUCUUAUUCGAGCUGAGCGAUGACGGCGACGUCAACAUCGUGCAGGCCCUCAACGGAGAACAGAUCGGUUCUUAUUACGGCAGCGAGCUGUGCGGUAUGGAUGUGGACCAGGACGGGAUCACCGAUGUUCUCCUGGUUGCGGCACCCAUGUACUUGGGCUCCGGAAACAAAGAGGCUGGGAGAGUCUACAUCUACACACUCAGUGGGGUACCAAUGCACAUGGAUGUUCAUUCCCCCCCCCCCCCCCCCCAUCGACAAACAGCCACGUUCAAUAUUCUUGCUCCCUCUCAGGAAGAGGUGUUCGUCUCCAACGGGACGCUGAAAUCAGACGAAAAGUCCCAGGACGCCAGGUUUGGCUACGCGAUGGCCGUCGCUCCGGACCUCAACCACGACGGAUUCACCGACCUGCUGGUGGGCGCCCCCUUGGAAGAUGACCACCACGGGGCUGUGUAUGUGUACCAUGGCCAAAGUAUUUACGUGAACCAUAACUACAAGCAGCGUAUUGCGGCCAUGUCGGUGUCGCCGUCCUUGCAGUAUUUUGGCCGCAGUGUCAGUGCCAGGUUGGACUUGGAUGGAGACGGGCUGAUUGACUUGGCGGUGGGAGCCCACGGUAACGCCGUGCUGCUCAGAUCUCGAAGCAUCGUGCAGAUCAACGUCAGUCUUUCCUUCCAGCCGCACUCCAUCAACGUCAUCCAAAAGACGUGCCAGCGCGGCGGCCGCGAAUCCGCCUGCCUGGACGCCACCGCCUGUUUCACGGCCGCGUCUCGCUCCCCUGGACCGAGCGGCAACGGCUUUGACCUGUGGGUAGCGGCGAUGUUGGAUGACAGGAAAUUGUCAGCCCGGGCGCUGUUUGACGACAGCUCCCAUAGGCUGACCCAACUGUCGCUGCGAGCUCACACAGGACAGACUCUGUGCUACAAACUGCCCUUCCACGUCUAUGACACGGCCGACUAUAUCCGCCCGAUCAGCUUCUCGCUGCGCUUCAAGAUCAACAACACAGAGAGCGGUCCCGUGUUGGACGAGGGCUGGCCGACGUCGGUCAAGAAAUAUAUCCCUUUCUUUAAAGACUGCGGGGAGGACGACGUGUGCACCACCGAUUUGGUGCUACAGGCCCAAAUGGACAUCUCCGGAACCAGACAUAAACCGUAUGUGAUCCGCAGUCCUCGUAGGCGGAUGUCAGUGGAAGUCCAACUGGAGAACAGACUGGAAAACGCCUACAACACCAGCCUGACGCUGCACUAUUCACGCAACCUGCACUUCUCCAGCCUCAGUAUUCGGGAGGACGGCAACUUCAAGAUCGAGUGUACAGGCCUGGGCUCCAAUAGCCACUCGUGCAACGUCAGCUACCCGGUCUUUCGCUCCCAGUCAAAGGUUAACUUCAUGCUGGAGUUUGAGUUCAGCUGCGCCACCUUGCACAAUCGAGUCCAAAUGAAGUUGAACGUUGCCAGCGACAGCGUGGAGCGAGCGGACACUCUCGGGGACAACAGUGUCCAGCUGCAGAGUUUUGUCCAGUAUGAGCCGGACCUCUUCGUCAGCAGCGACUCGAAUUUAAACCGUUAUGAAGUCCAUCCCACGCGGACAAUGUCAGAAGCCAUCGGGCCGGAGUUCUACACGCAAUUUAAGCUCCAGAACCUGGGUUGUUACCCUGUGAGUAAUCUGGAGUUGAGGCUCCUCCUGCCCACGGCGGCUGCGGGAAACCAAGUCUUCAUGACGGUCACGGACAUUUCCUCGCACAACGCCACGGCCGUCAAUUGCAGCGUCCUGAGUGAUCUGGCGCAGCUGAAGAACCGACAGAGGGACGUGCGCCCCCUCCACCCCGAAGACAUGAUGGAGAAUGACGUCCUGAACUGCAGCAGGUCAUGGUGCGUCGAGGUGACGUGUCAAGUCCAGCAGCUCCUGAAAGGACAAGCUGAAGUCAUUCGCCUCAGCCGCAGAGUUCAUGACGACUUUUUCCGACAGGCCAAAUAUAAAUCGGCGAGGAUCGUCGGCACGUAUCAGAUCGCGCCUCACGAGACCAACCUCAUCAGUCUGGCCACGGGGACAGUUUGGCGAGAGACUGUGCUGGAGGUGCUGAAGGGACGAGCGAUUCCCAUCUCGCUGUGGAUUCUCAUCGGGAGCAUCAUUGGUGGCUUGCUGCUCCUGGCGCUCAUCAUCUUCAUACUAUGGAAGCUCGGCUUCUUCGCGCGCAAGCACAGAGAAGAUGAGAACCAAGACGACUGAAAGAGAUACUCGCUUGGCUCUUUCGAGGAGGCCCAAAGACAAAAAAAAAAGCAUCAGGGAUGGGGGGUCCUUCCUAUUGGGAGGUCCUCAGCCCUACGACAGAAACGCACUCGCCUCAAGUUCCAGGGUUGGGCGCACUUGUGUAAAUAGUUGUUUUGUUAUUUGGAAGUGGAUCAAAUCACAUUUCUUCUAUUUAAUAAACAGACAUGGUCUUGGGGUUCACAUUUCAA